AUGGUCAGCAAGUACCGUCGUCUGCUCCAGCACGACCCUCGUGAGGAGAAUGACCAGGUCGACGGAGAGAGUGAUGACAUGAAGCAGCAGCAGCAGGUGAAUAGCCAUUUACACAAGAACUCAGUGCGGAGUAGUGCUGCCGCUGCCGCUUAUGAUGAAGAUGAAGAUGAUGGCAUUAUCCCAGAUAACGUGCAGGAGGAAGCUGGAACGGAGGGGGAAGGAAGGCAAAAGGGGAUGAAAGAUAUUCACACAGCAGAUUGUGUCACAGGUGUGGCUGCCUCCCCAGCGCGCCGGUUUGGGAGAGGGCAAAAAGAGGGGAGUACCGAGAGAAUCGCAGUGAGGGACCCUGCGGAAGUUGCGUGUAGUCAUAUCGCGUCAAGGGGACUUCACACGGAAGAUAGUCCUAAUACUGCCACCAAUAAGGAUAAUAAGGAUAACAUUGCUGUGGGUGACGGCGAAGAAGAGGAUGAGGAUGAAGAAGAAGAUGAAGAGGGGGAGGAGGAUAGCGAGGACGCCACAGUGACAGGGGGUAGUGGUCCGCGGUUGUAUUCCUGCGACGCUUGCCCGCGUGCCGUCUUCACCACACACGCUGCCCUGCUCUCCCACGCGGAGGAGCGGCACGCAGAGCUUGUGCCUGACCACGCGCGCCUGCGACGCCUUGCUGAGAAGGUAAGUAAGGUCUGGACGCGGGCUCUCAAGGCACGCCGUGACGUCAUUGCUUUGUGGGGCAAAAAGGUUUUUAUGAUUGCCGCCCAACGUGAUGCGGGGGAAGCAAAAAUGCAGGAGGCUCACCGAGCCCGUGCGCAGUUGGAAACAGUCGUGCGUCGCUGGCACGAGAAAGCGCGUGUCUUCAUCUUUGGCAGCUCCGUCGCGAUGGGUGUGUGGGACGGCAUGGCGGACAUUGACUUUGCCGUGGUGGAUGUGGAGGCCUUAGACGCCGGCAACUGGCCGCCGCUUGAGAAGAAUGCUGUGCGCUCCAUCACGGAGCUUCUGCGACGCGCGGGGUUUUCGUUUGUUAACCUUGAGCCCAUUAGUCACGCGCGGGUACCGAUCAUCAAGCACCAUGCAUCGUCACCCAUCCUUACCGUGGCACGCAAGGACGCCGAAGAUGUUGUGGCUCGGAGUGUGCGGUUUGUGUUGAACGCACCCGCCUCAAGGGAUGAUCGGGUGAUGCUGGAGGGAAGCGUGCGGGAUGCCGUGGGAUACGCAAAUGUGCAGCAGGUAUGGUGGAAUCGCACGGGGGAUGUGAUGUCCAUGACACUGGACAGCACAACAACGGCAAUUCGAGCGGCGAUGUGCUCACCCGCCUUUGUGACACCCGCCCUACGUGCAAAAGUGCAGCCGGUGCACGACGAAUGCCGGCCGGAGCUGUACAACGUUGACUUUGACCUCAGCUUUCGCGCGUUUGGUAUUCGUAACUCCAACCUGCUGCGUCAGUACCUGAUGAGCCACCCGUGCGCCCGCCCCGGGGCCGUGGUGCUGAAGGACUGGAGCAAAACUAGCGGGGUCAACAACUCCGUCAACGGGUACUUUACAAGCUACGCAGUCAACAUCAUGUGGAUUUAUUACCUCAUCCAGAAAAAGUAUGUCCCCUACGUGGACCCGCUUGAUAUUUCAGCCUCGUUGGUGAAUGAUACAAAUGUUGAUCCCAAGUACACCCCCAUGCUAAACCCCGCACUCACACCAGAGGAACUAAGCAUCUUAUAUGAAAACGCCGGUAACAUGUUGGUGGGUUUUUUCCACUUUUAUUCGUUUGAAUUUGACUGGGAACACCACGUCAUCUCACUUAAUCGCCCCGGCAUCACGACGAAAAAGAUGCUCGGGUGGCAUGUGGAGGAUGUCGUGCCACCCAUGUCCUCUUCACUGGGUGGAGGCGGUGGCGGUGGUGGUGCCAAUAGCAUCAAUUGCGGGGUGAGUGGUGGUGGCAGCGCUCCUUCCAAGCGACACCCCACGCGCUACGAGCUGUGCAUUGAGGACCCGUAUGAGGAAAACCUGAAUCUGGGCCGCCACAUUGGUAUCACAAAGUCGUUGCGCGUGCGUACGGAGCUCUACCGUGGACUGUUGUCGCUUUUAAAGGAUGGGGAGAAGGAGUCCUGCGUCUUUGCCUCAACAGAUAGGGCGGAAUCCGCAGACUCUGCAGGGCCGCCGUCGUCCAAGCUGCCGAUGCGGGCACUGUUUAGGCUUAUGGCACUAACAACACAGGCCAUUGCGGAGGCUAAGCGUUUGUCCAGUAGUCAUGGCGCGAGUGACGAGCUUACGGGUGACGGUGCCAUUUGUGGGACGGCCACUGACGCGUUAACCCCGUCAUUGUCGCAACUGGCUUCGGCGUCCACGCCGAGGUUGGCGGGCGUCCCUGAGAAGCAGCUGGAGAAGAUUUUUCUCGAAAAGGCGGCGUUGGAGUACCAACUCACACGAAAGGUGUGGAACUGGCAUCAACUCAUCCACCGCCUAGGGUACAAAAUCCAUCGUGGCCACGUGGUGCCACGACGGGAGUUGGGAGUGCGCUGUUUCGCCAGGCGAGACGCCGAGGAGUCACCGGGUGACGCACAGGGCAACAAGAAUCCGGCGGCGCGUGGUCGAGACUUAACUGAAAGCGUUUUGCGCGACCUCAGUCGCGGCUUCAUGACGCUGACGCCGGAGUGGGUAGCUUGGUCCACCCCCUGGGCAAGCCAACACUUGCGUGGUUACAGCCGACUGACAACCACUGCAGAUGCGCCCGCUUCCGUAGGCGUAUCCGUUGUCCCGUCAGCUGCGGCUGCUUCGUCGAGUGGAGAGCCUGCGAUGGGUCCCAUGCGAGGGACGCGGCGCAAUGCAUUCCCCAUGAUAAGAAGGACUGUGCCAAGGGCAAGGGCAAUGCGGGAAUGCAUGGUGUCAUCUAUUACGCGUCUGGGUGGUGGUGUCAAACGCGCCUUACUCUCAACAUUUAUUCGAUAG